AUGGGAGGCAAAGUAUCAUCAAUGUCACCAGCACCUUAUGAUUAUGAUCCAUUUACUUCAUUAAGACAAAAUCAAUUCUCAGAUGAAGAAUAUGAAAAUUUGUUUAGAUUUUUUGAUUCACAAAAGCGAGGAUUUUGGACUCGCGAAGAUUUUCGUCGUUUUAUUAGUGCAUUUUUUUCUAAUAAACAACGACCCUAUUUUAUGUUAAAUGAUAGAAUUGAAGAAUAUUUUCAAGAUACAGAUUUUAAUCAAGAUGAAAAAAUUGAUUAUAAUGAAUUUAUUCUAGCAUGGAAAACAACAAUUAAGCUAGCUGUAAGACCUAUUAGUGCACUUGUUAUAGUCGAUGUUCAAAAUGAUUUUAUUUCUGGUUCAUUAGCUCUUCAUUCCUGUCCUGCUAAUCAUCAAGGAGAAGAAGUUGUUCCUGUUAUUAAUCGAGUUAUUCGUAAUGUUAAUUUUGAUGUUGUUGCAUAUACAUACGAUUGGCAUCCAUUAAAUCAUAUAUCAUUUUAUGAAAAUCGACAUUUAAGAAAAGAAGCACCUGAAAGUCCAAUUAGAGCUGAUGAUGCACAUAUACUUGAUACUGUUCUAUUUGUUGGACCACCGAAUCUUACUUCAACAAUCGAACAAGUUCUUUGGCCAGCUCAUUGUAUACAGAAAACCCCUGGUGCAGAUUUACAUCCAGAUUUAAUUCGUAUUGAUAAUGCUAUACAUGUUUAUAAAGGAACAAAUCCUGAAAUCGAUUCCUAUUCAGCAUUUUGGGAUAAUAUGAAAUUAAGUAAAACAAGUCUUGAUGAUCAACUACGAGAACGUUUUGUAACUGAUGUUUAUGUUGUUGGUUUAGCAACAGAUGUCUGUGUUUCUGCAACAGCAAUGCAUGCUGUUGAAAAUAAUUAUCGAACUGUAUUAAUUGAAGAUGCAUGUCGAGGUGUGAAUGAACGUGAGAUUGAAGUUAAACGAGCAGAACUUGCUGAAAAUGGUUGUAUUUUUGUUGAUUCAGAUGUGGUACCCGGGAUGGUAGCCGGUGAUGAUCGUCGACCUGAAGUAGCACGUGGAACAUUUGUUGAAAAUCUUAAAACAAUUGGACGUUAUCAUCCACGUUGA